AUGUUGGGAACGGGGUACGACGAUGAUGGACGGAUUAACUCGUUGGCAGGGAUGGGUCUGUCUGACGAGCGAUACGCGGCUAUUCUGAGAGAUAUCGUUACCCAGGAGAGCUUCUCGGGCGUAGGAGUUCGAGAGGGUUUUUCGUUCGGUCUCGCUGGUGCUUUGGGUCCCGGGAUGGGAGGGGAGAAGCGGGAACUGGACGAUGAGGGCGAUGGGAGAGAGGGAAAAAGGGCACUGUUUGAGAUCAUCGAUUCAGCUACCGGCUAUCAAUCUCCCUCAGCGCGCAUCAGCCACAACUCUCCCUCCCAUGGCUGCAAUGGACUCUUCGCCCUAUCGCCACCUUUCUCCAGUUUCGUGGGGCCCAUCGUCGUCGUCGUCGACAAUCCAUCGCACCUCAAAUUCAAGAGACGACAUAUCACAGCGAGAGAUGAGGCAGAUGAAAAGAGAACCCACUCAUCAGAUCCACUCGGUCCCGCCACAAGCUCCGGCAGCCCUGUGAAACUAGCAGCGCCGAAUUAG